CAGCGGGCGCGCCCGUUUUACGUCAUCAACAGGCGUCUUCAAACCCCACCAGCGGGAGUUCGCACAACUUGGAAACGGCUGAGAAGUUUGCAUUUAGGCAAAUCGGCGUGUCGACAUGUCGCAGAGAAAGAGGCUGUCCAACACACAGAGCUCCUCUCAGAGCAGAAGGCAACCGAGCACUGUAGCGGCUCAGGAAGAAGAUGAAGACACAACCUUCACUCAGCCAAGUACGUCACAGGUCCAGAGAGGGCUGGAGAAGCUCACACCUUCACAGGUCGACCAAAAGACAGCUGAGGUUGUGCAGUACUUCUUGGUGAAGGACCAAAAGAAGAUUCCCAUACGGCGAGCAGACCUUGUGAAACACGUGGUGAAGGAGUACAGAACCAUCUACCCUGAGAUCAUGAAGAGAGCAGCCCGCAUUUUUGAGACGGUAUUUGGCCUUAAACUGGUCGAAAUCGACACCAAAAAUCACAUGUACAUACUGAUCAAUAGGUUUGAGACAGCUGAGGCAGCCUCACCAAUAACUAACCCCACUAAUCCAAAGAUGGGUCUUCUGUUUGUGAUCCUGAGUGUCAUUUUCAUGAAAGGAGGCGUUGUCAGAGAAAACCUCAUCUGGAAUACUCUCAAGAAACUCCGUGUUGAUCCCGGAGAGAAACAUGAAGAGUUUGGUGACGUGAAGAAAGUGGUCACGGACGAGUUUGUGCGUCAAAGGUACUUGGAAUAUGUGCGAAUCCCUCACACAGAGCCAGUUGAGCAUGAAUUCAGAUGGGGUCAACGUGCUGAAAUUGAAGUGUCAAAAGCCAAAAUCCUCGAGUUCAUGGGUGAACUCCAUGAACAGGAUCCACAGAGUUGGAGGCAGCAAUACAGAGAGGCCCACCAAUCCAACCCAACACAGGCCGGCAGCACCCAGAGAUGACCUUCUUAUUUAUUUUAGGAGAGAAGCUACGUUUUUGUUUUCAUAGUGAAGACAGACAAAUCUACAGUUGCAAUACGAGACAUAUAAAUCCAGGGAGUCAGUUUAAACUCUCAAUUCAAAUCCUCAUUAUUAUACAUAUUUGUAUGUUCAUACUUUGUUAGCAGUUAGUCUGUUAAGUCUGAGAUUGUAGUCUUUUUAAAGAGAAAAUAAUUUAAUAUCACACACACUUGUCAGAUAUCCAUUUUUAUUGUAUUGCCUGGACUUGAAAAUAAAAUCUUUUAUAACAGA